GCUCUUCAUAUGCUGGCGGUUGUUUUCAUGGCGUCGUGCACGUAGUGCACGUGGUGAAAAACUUUUUUAGUUUGUUGUGGUAACUGUUUGGACCGAAGUGAACCUUCCAAGAUGUUAGUACUCUUCGAGUCCGCGGCGGGAUACGCCAUCUUCAAGGUUCUGGAUGAAAAGAAACUUCAAAAGACUGAUAACUUGUUCAAAGACUUCGAGACGCCGGACAAGGCAUCGCGCGUGGUGAAACUCAAGCACUUCGAAAAGUUUGAAGACAUGACCGAGGCCUUGGCGGCUGCAACGGCGGCCGUCGAAGGUAAGAUGAGCAAAAGCCUAAAGAAAGCGCUGAAGAAGAUUGUAGCCAAGGAAGCUCACGAGAGUCUCGCCGUGGCGGACGCCAAGCUCGGAAACGUCAUCAAGGAGAAGUUCGACAUCAGCUGCGUCGCCAACAGCUCCAUCCAAGAGCUGAUGCGUUGCAUUCGAUCCCAAGUGGACAGCUUGAUCACGGGACUGCCCAAGAAAGAGAUGACCGCGAUGGCGUUAGGUUUGGCGCACAGUUUGUCCCGGUACAAGCUCAAGUUCAGCCCCGACAAGGUGGACACGAUGAUCAUCCAAGCCGUCUCUCUGCUCGACGAUUUGGACAAGGAACUCAACAAUUACAUCAUGCGUUGCAAGGAAUGGUACGGCUGGCACUUUCCGGAGCUCUCCAAAGUGGUCACGGACAACCUGCUGUACGUGCGCACCGUUCAGACGAUCGGACAGCGCACCAACGCCAUCGAGACAGACCUAUCCGAGAUACUUCCCGAGGAUCAGGAGGCCAAGGUGAAGGAGCUCGCCGAAAUGUCCAUGGGCACCGAGGUGUCCGACGAAGACAUCCGCAACAUACUGCACCUGUGCCGCGAGAUCACAGAGAUGAGCAGCUACCGCGCCCAGCUGUUCGAGUACCUCAAGAAUCGCAUGAUGGCCGUGGCACCCAACCUGACCAUCUUGGUGGGCGAACUGGUUGGGGCGCGACUCAUUUCGCACGCCGGCUCGCUGCUCAACUUGGCCAAGCACCCGGCCUCCACCGUGCAGAUACUGGGCGCCGAGAAGGCGCUCUUCCGGGCGCUCAAGACCAAGCAUGACACGCCCAAGUACGGUCUCAUCUAUCACGCGCAGCUGGUGGGUCAGAGCACGCAGAAGCUGAAGGGCAAGAUGUCGCGUAUGCUGGCCGCCAAGGCAGCUCUGGCCACUAGGGUCGACGCCCUGGGAGACGACGGAACGGGGACCGAGCUGGGAAUCGAACACAGGGCGAAGCUGGAGACGCGUUUGCGAGUUCUCGAAGAAGGCGGAGGUAACCGGAGAAUCAGCGGCACCGCUCGGGGCAAGGCGAGGCAGGACAGGUACGAACACAAGAGCUUCGUGCGUCAGUACGAACCUGCCGAAGAUUCCACGCUGCCCACGACGUCGGGUGCCGGCGCGAAGAGGAAGUUUAAGCAAGAGGAGGAGGAGGAAGAAGGAGGUGAGCAGGAGGCUGAUGACGUGCCUGAGCCCAAACCCAAGAAGAAAAAGCAGAAGGUGGCAGAGGAGGCAACAACUGAGGAAGUCGAAACCGAGACUGCCCCCAAGAAAAAGAAGAAGAAGGUGAAGAAGGAACCCGAAGAAUCCGAUACGCCAGCACAAGUCAAGAGUGAGCCGGUUACCCCCAAGAAGAAGAAGAAAAAGCAUCAGCCUGCUGAAGGUGAUGACGAAUAAAUAUU